UCGGCUUCCUUUUGGUACCGUGAAGGGGAGGAGAUUCUUUCCUGAAGUGAACACAUAGGCAAUUGAUAAGUUGUAAAAGGGACAGUGAAGGAGACGGAAAACUUGGGUAAAACCCUGAAUAUCUUUCGACAUUUUGUAAAACUCGAUUUUAUCGAGGGUGCAGCGGUUGUUCAGUUUACACCUCCAUUAAAUGCUCGACUGCGGCGAAAGCGGCGCGAGUGUCCGGCGGGUGUAACGCGCCAGGUGCUGCGAUACCGAGGAGUUGGCAGCGGGGAGAAAUGCCAUCGUUUUCAUGGAGCGUUUGGCGCGGGCUGGCGUUGGCGCUGCUCCCCGUCACCAUGGCGCUGGAGGACCAGGCAUCAGUGCUGGAGGACUGGAGGGACGUCUGGCUCUUCCGCUUCUUCCUGAACGUGCUGGGCUACGCCACCAUCGUCGUCCCCGGAUACCUCCUCAUCAGAUACUUCAAACGGAUUGGCUACUUGGAGACAGGUCGAGGCCUGUGUUUCCCGGUGAUAAAGGCCUGUGUGUUUGGGAGCGAAUCCAAGUCGGGGCCGCUGGACGAUCCUUCGGCUCCGCCCAGAAACGAAGCAGAGUCCUCCUCGUCUACCAGACAAGCUCUGAAGCUCCUGUUUUGCGCUGUGGGGCUGCAGACCUCCUACCUGACGUGGGGCGUCCUGCAGGAGCGGGUGAUGACGCGCUCGUACGGGGCGGUUGAGGGCGGGGCCGGCGAGCGCUUCACGGACUCGCAGUUCCUGGUGUUCAUGAACCGCAUCCUGGCGCUGACGGUGGCGGGCCUGUGCUGCGCCCUGUUCAAGCAGCCGCGCCACGCCGCGCCCAUGUACAAGUACUCCUUCGCCUCGCUCUCCAACAUCCUGAGCAGCUGGUGCCAGUACGAGGCGCUCAAGUACAUCAGCUUCCCCACGCAGGUGCUGGCCAAGGCCUCCAAGGUCAUCCCCGUCAUGCUGAUGGGCAAGAUGGUGUCGCGCAAGAGCUACGAGUACUGGGAGUACUUCACCGCGGCGCUGAUCUCCGUGGGCGUCAGCCUGUUCCUGCUCUCCAGCGCCGGGCACAAGCACCCGUCCACCGUCACCACCUUCUCCGGCGUGGUCAUCCUGGGCGGCUACAUCGUCUUCGACAGCUUCACCUCCAACUGGCAGGACAGCCUGUUCCGCUACAAGAUGUCGUCGGUGCAGAUGAUGUUCGGGGUGAACCUGUUCUCCUGCCUGUUCACCGUGGGCUCCCUGCUGGAGCAGGGGGCGCUCUUCCAGUCGCUGGCCUUCAUGGCGCGGCACGCCGAGUUCGCCUUCCACGCCGUGCUGCUGUCCGUCUGCUCCGCCUGCGGCCAGCUCUUCAUCUUCUACACCAUCGGCCAGUUCGGCGCCGCCGUCUUCACCAUCAUCAUGACGCUGAGGCAGGCCAUGGCCAUCCUGCUGUCCUGCUUCCUGUACGGCCACGCCGUCAGCGUGGCGGGCGGGCUGGGCAUCGCCGUGGUCUUCCUCGCCCUCUUCCUCCGCGUGUACGCCCGCAGCCGCAUGAAGAAGAGCAAGAAGCCCGCCGGUCCGACGCCCGUGCAGAAGUUCCCAGCUGGCCCGCCGUGGGUGUGAAGAAUCUUCCGGAGACAAGGGCUGA